UGAAGCAAAAAAGCCCAACACAUCUUAUUUUAAGAGGAUAAAAAUGCCAACUUUUUGUCAAAAGGGCAAAAAAACAUGGCUUCUUCAACCACUUGUGUCCUUCACAUUCUUGUCCUUAUCUUCAUCUGCUUGCCCUUGGCUAAUACCAUAGAUUUCAAUUACCCUGCAGUCUUCAACUUUGGUGAUUCAAAUUCUGAUACAGGAGGUCUAGUUGCUGGCGUUGGUGAUCGCCUAGAGCCACCUAAUGGACAAACUUAUUUCAAGAAUCCAUCUGGGAGGUUCUGUGAUGGCCGACUAAUCAUCGAUUUCUUGAUGGAUGCAAUGGACCUGCCAUUCUUGAACUCCUAUUUAGACUCCGUUGCUGCACCGAGUUUCAAAAAAGGAGCCAACUUUGCAGCUGCUGGUUCAACUAUACUUCCUGCCACUGCAUCAUCUGUUAGCCCUUUUUCAUUUGGGAUUCAAGUUGCGCAGUUUUUAAGGUUCAAGAAUCGGGUUUCUGAAAUUCAGGCAAAGACUAGGAAAUAUGAUAAGUACCUUCCAGCUCAAGAUUUUUUCCAGAAAGGGCUUUAUAUGUUCGACAUAGGCCAGAAUGAUCUUGCUGGUGGAUUUUACUCCAAGACAUUAGAUCAAAUUCUAGCUUCAAUUCCAACUAUUCUUUCAGGAUUUGAAGAUGGUGUCAAGAGAUUGUAUGACCUAGGGGCCAGGAAUUUCUGGGUUCAUAAUACAGGUCCAUUGGGGUGCUUAGGUCAGAAUAUAGCCAAAUUUGGAACUGAUGUAUCAAAGUUGGAUGAGCUAGGAUGUGUUAGCUCACAUAAUCAAGCUGCAAAACUUUUGAACCUGCAGCUUUACGCCCUCUGCAAGAAGCUUCAGGGCCAGUAUUCAGAUGCAAAUAUCACUCAUGUUGAUAUUUUUUCCAUCAAGUCUAAUCUGAUAGCAAAUUAUUCCCGAAAUGGAUUUGAGCAGCCACUAAUGGCUUGCUGUGGAUAUGGAGGACCUCCACUCAACUAUGACAGCAGGAUUGCCUGUGGUCAGACAAAGGUGUUGGAUGGAAACAAUGUCACUGCCAAAGCAUGCAAUGACAGUAGUGAAUAUAUCAAUUGGGAUGGAAUUCACUACACAGAAACUGCAAACCAGUUUGUCGCCUCACAAAUUCUCACUGGGAAAUACUCUGAUCCACCCUUCGCAGACAAGAUGCCUUUCCUUCUCAAACUAAAGUUCUGAGGAACUAACAUGCUUCUCAUUGUUUUAUUCUCUGUGAACUUAUAUAUUAUAAUUUACUAAAGAAAUUCAACACUCCCAUGGAUUCUUGAAAAUAUAGAACUUAUGGAUCAUGUCAUGACUGAUA